AUGGGAUGCGAGGGCAAGGCUGUGGCCGAGGCCAGGAGGGGACCAGCAGCCCAGUGGCUGGGGACCUGCAAGAGGGGGCGAGGGCAGGGCAGCCAGGGGCGCGUGAAGGGGGCCACGCCAGACAGUGCCCGUGUCUGCUGUCGCCCACAUCCCACCCCCACGCUCCCGAUCGUGGGAACCUGGGCAGGGGCUGGACACACCACGCUCAGCGGCCCGCCCUGCCCCACCCCAUCGCCUGAUGUGGCCCCACGGGCGCGGGCCAAUCAACGCGGCCGCCGCGCUGGCCAGGUACCCGGCCGGCACCUGCGGGCAGAGAACCUCUGGGAUGCUCUGACGCUGCUCUUCCGGCCCCUCCCAAACCUACACUGCCGCCAGCCUUCCCGGGAGGCCUAG